UUUGCUAACUUUAUUGUUAUGUAGCUAUGUGUUCGGAAAAUUCACGUCUAAUAUGUUGAUUUGUGAUCAUUUCUUUACACUUUAGAGACAUGUGUCACUUCAUUAUUGCACCGUAAUUGCAAUCGCUUAAUCGUUCUGGCUGUUUUGAGCCUUAAUGCGUGUGUUUACAGCGGCGACCGGCUGAACAUGCUAAUAGCCGUGUAGCUUCGUGGUAGCUGGUUCUCACAGACGGUCUUGUUUAAAACUGACCUUGUCAACCGGAAGUAAGUUUAGGUGGGCUCUGUCAGAGUUAUGGCAUCGGCCAGGGUUCUGUGUUUAUUUAAUCGGAAGGUAGGUUUGAACAAAACAUUAGCUCAGGCUCGCUGCAGCAGUGUGCGCUUCAGGCGAAAUAUCUGCAGCUCACCUUCACGACCGCAGAGCUGCAUGUCAUCCUGGGUCAUUGAUCAGUACGGGACUAAUGGAGUUCUGAAGUACACAGAAGAAGUCCCUAUUCCAACUAUUAAUUCUGCUAAUGAGGUCAUGAUAAAAGUGAUUGCCGCAAGCCUUAACCCUCUGGAUGUAGCUAUGAGGGGAGGAUAUGGAGCUACAUUGCUGAACCUAAGAAGAGAUCCGUUAUCUUUUAUGAACAAUUAUAAUGAGUUUCCACUCAUUCUGGGUCGUGAUCUGUCAGGUGUUGUGGUAGACUGUGGAUCCAAGGUUAAUCACUUUGCUCCAGGUGAUGAGGUGUGGGCUGCUAUUCCUCCGUGGAAACAAGGCAGUCUGGCUGAAUAUGUGACCUUAACAGAAUACGAGGUUUCGCAUAAGCCAAGAUCAGUGAGUCACAUCGAGGCGGCGUCCUUUCCUUAUGUGGCCAGCACUGCUGUGUCUGCACUUGGCCAUACGGGGGGACUUUGCAGUGAAAGCUCCUCAAAUAAAAGAGUUUUGAUCACCGGAGCGUCCGGAGGUGUCGGAACGUUCUCUAUUCAACUUUUAAAGGCUUGGGGUGCACACGUAACCGUUACCUGCUCUCAGAAUGCUGAAGGCCUCGUCAGAGGUCUGGGGGCUGACGAGGUGGUGGACUACACAGCUGGAGAUGUGGCCGAACAGCUGGAGAUGAUGGAGAAGUUUGACGUUAUCUUGGAUAACGUGGGAGGCGAUACGGAGCAGUGGGCGACGAGCCUGCUGAAGCCCUGGUCGGGGGCAAAGUACGUCACCUUGGUAUCACCUUUACUCCUGAAUACUGACUCCAUGGGUCUUUUAGACGGGACGUUUCAAGCUGUUCUCACUCUCCAUAACACAGCAUUUCAGAGCAUAACAUCAAGUGGAGUGUUCUACAGGUGGGCCUUUUAUUCUCCUGAUGGGUUUGCCUUGGAUGAUGUCAGCAAGCUCGUGGAUGCGGGGAAGAUCCUGCCAGUCGUGGAGGCACAGUUUCCCUUCGCCCAUGUGCCUCAGGCUUUUCAGAAGCUGGAGGAGGGUCACGCUAGAGGGAAGACGGUAAUAAAGGUCGCGGAGGAGGAUGACAGCUGCUGCACAGAGUCUGCGGACUCGUUGCACGAAGUUCAAGGAGCGACCCGGCAGAACUGAAGAAGGGAACACCAUCGCCAAGAGAAUUACUCUUGUGAUUCGUCUCACCUUUACAAAGCUGCAGAGGAACGCAGCAGACUGUGAAAUCCUCCCCAUUGUCAGAUAAACACAAGUGUGACUUAUAUUUGUGAUGAGGAAAAGCCAAAGGUUGAUCUUGUUACACUUUUUGUAAUUAUCCUGUAUUUAUGUCUAAGAAAUGACUCGCAGCCUCCAGAUGUUUACCAGGCAUUUAGCAGCGUUUUCCUGCAGCUGAUGCAACAUAAAUUUGCAUAUUGAAGCGCAUCUGUUAUGCUUAUCUCUGUGUUUAUCCUCCAAAGCAGGCGAAACCCAAUCAGCAGAGCAAGAUUAAUAUGGUUUCACUUUCAUUUGUUUUGCCUUUAUGUGGAAAGCAUCACUUUUAAUGUUCAACAAACAUUUGAUAAAUGGGAAAUACAACCUGGA